AUGACGCGGCUGGUGCCAGCAAUGGAAGUUGUGCGGCAGGUAGAUGUCGCCUACUUCGAUUUCCGGAAGGUAUUUGACACGGUUGAUAACGACGUCCUGCUGGAGAAGUUGGCUGGGAGCCGGUUAAGAUGGAGAGCGUCGUAUACGGUUCACCAACACCAACACGACUGCCUUGUGAUAGGUGCUGGAGGAGCGGGUCUCAGAGCUGCUGUUGGUCUCGCUGAAGCUAAUUUUUCGGUUGCUCUCGUCAGCAAACUGUUCCCCACUCGUUCGCACACUAUUGCUGCCCAAGGUGGCAUGAAUGCAUCCAUAGGUAGCAUGCAUGAGGAUGACUGGCGUUGGCACUUUUACGACACAGUGAAAGGAUCCGAUUGGCUUGGCGAUCAGGACUCGAUUCAAUAUCUGACGAGAAAUGCUCCGAACUGCGUUUAUGAAUUAGAAAAUAUGGGUAUGCCCUUUUCGAGAACUAAGGAGGGUAAGAUCUAUCAGAGGAGUUUUGGCGGCGGUACUAUCAAAAAUGGGAAGGAGAUAGCGAAGAGAACGUGUGCUGUUGCUGAUCGAACGGGGCACGCUCUUCUUCAUACACUUUACGGCUACAGCACUAAGUUCAAAAAUGUUAAUCUCUUCUCUGAGUUUUUCGUCCUGGAUCUUUUAUUACAAGAUGAUCAAAUUGUAGGUGCGCUAGCUCUUGACAUGGAUGACAGCAGCCUUCACAGUUUUCAGGCGAAGAAUACCGUAAUAGCGACAGGGGGAUAUCCUCGUAUGUACUUCUCCUGCACCGCGGCGCACACUUGUACAGGAGACGGGUGUGCUAUGGCUUCUAGAGCUGGAAUACCACUUCAAGACCUGGAAUUUAUACAGUUCCAUCCGACUGGUAUGUAUGGUUCUGGGUGUCUAAUGACGGAGGGUUGUCGUGGGGAAGGAGGCUUUAUAGUGAACAGCGAAGGAGAGCGGUUCAUGGAACGCUAUGCUCCCAAAGCUAAGGAUUUAGCUAGUCGCGAUGUUGUGUCGAGGUCAAUAGCAACUGAGAUACGACAAGGUCGAGGUGUCGGACCUAAGAAAGACCACGUGUAUCUUCAACUCCAUCAUCUUCCUCCAGAAGUUAUCCGAGAAAGGCUUCCAGGGAUUUCGGAGACAGCAUGGACAUUUACAGGAGCAGACGUAUACACGCAGCCUGUUCCUAUUGUACCUACCGUUCAUUACACGAUGGGUGGAAUACCAAUCAAUUAUAAAGGCGAGGUUUUAAUUCACAAGAACGGGUCAGACACGGCUGUUCCGGGUCUUCAUUCUGCUGGAGAAGCCGUGAGCAACUGUCACGGAGCCAACCGCCUUGGAGCAAACUCCAUUCUGGACGUCGUUGUGUUCGGCAAAGCGAUUGGAUUAAAUAUAGCGAAACUUUACAAGCCAGGAGAAAGUCAACCAAAACUAAAAGAAAGUACUUGCGAGCCAAUUCUCGACAACCUUGACAGAGUUCGCAACAAGAAAGGAUCUAUAGCUGUACAUGAGUUAAGGGAGGGUAUGAGACACACUAUGCAAAAUAAGUGUGGCGUGUUUAGGGACGAAAAGCUGCUUACUGAAGCCAGUACCGAAAUACAAAAAUGGUAUAAGUCGUUUGAUGACGUCCGCGUAACAGAUCAUCGACUCAACUGGAAUUCUGAUUUAAUCGAAGCUCUGGAACUUCAAAACAUGCUUCAAACUGCUGUGCAGGUUGUUGCGUGUGCUCUCAAUCGCAAGGAGAGUCGAGGGGCGCACUUCAGAGAUGACUUCCCUAAACGAAUAGAUGAAAUGGAUUAUAGCAAACCGACUAAAGGACAGACGGCAAAACCAAUAGAGCAGCACUGGAGGAAACACAGCCUAUCAACAUUAGAUUUGAAAAGUGGAAAAGUUUCUAUAACAUAUCGACCCGUGAUUGACAAGACAUUGGAUGAUGAAGUGCAGACCAUACCCCCAGUACCAAGAGUUUAUUGA